AUGUCGAUUGAGAAGGCUUACGAUAAAAAUGAUCUGAGGGUGUUUCGCCUUAACACUGGCAACAUAAACAAUUGUGGUGAACUGAAAUUAAAAUCAUGCAAAGAUUCCGCUGAAGAGCUGAUCACUGCGUUGCGGAUUGAACUACGCAGAAACACCACGCUUCAUUUCAAGAAUGGUGAUACAAUCUCGCUGGCUGCAAUGGAUACAAACACAUAUCCACGUAAUGACCUUAAAAUCACGUUGAAAGUGUUCAUGUCUUCGAUGAAUUUCGAUCAGGUAGUUGAUUGUUUGGACACGACAAAAGAUCAGUUGGGUGUGGACAGUAUUGAACAGUUGAUCAUGUCUUUCGAUAGCGUUGAUAUUGAUGAAGGAGAUAUUGACGAGAAGUGGCUUGAGAACGUGCUGUCGGUUUGGGAGAAGCUUGAGGCUUUAAUGGAAAGGGGCGAAAUUUCGACAGUUGGUGUCGCAGAUUUUGAUUUGGUUCAUUUGAAAGCGCUUUAUGAAAACGCCAAAAUUAAACCAAGAAUCGAUCAUUUCAAUAUAGCCGGAUGUUGUACAGUUCCGAAAGAUUUACAAGAAUACGCUCGUGCGAAUGACAUUCAGUUAUUAACACAUAACGAUCCUAAACCCUUUAUAACAUCAGAUUCCUUAAAAGGUAUCUGCACUAAUAACGCUUAUCCGUUUUGUGAUGACGACUAUAUUCCGUCUUGGUCGAGCAGGUACACUGUGUGGGUGCGCGGACGGUCAAUAAUCGCAGCGAAAGGAUAUAUGGUUCAGUUAGAGAAAAAUAAGUGA